CGGGGCCCCCAGCACAGAGGUGUCCCCAAGCCUGGACCUUAUGAACCUGUCGGGCAUUAGGAGCUGAAGGCCGGGCCUGCCUGGUGUGUGUCUGUGUACUGGGCGGGGCUGGUGGAGCGUUGAAAACCAACUUGAAUCCUGCCUAGCUGGUUUUGUGGACUGCGGUGAGGGUGUCACCCUACAGCCUGAAUAUCUGCGUAUCUCUCGGUGUCUGCUGCUCCCUGUCUCUCCUCUGUGCGCUCCGCAGAAACACAGCUGUACAAAAUGCAUCUGGCAAGGUGUUUUGUUCAAGGCAUUAUUGGUGCUGUGAGCAACAUUGACCCCUCUCAGUUCAAGCACUCAGACCCUCCUCCCCCACGUGGACCCCUGCAGUAUGCCCAGGCUAAGGAGAACGAUGAGGAGAAACAGUUUCGGCAGGUUUUCCAGAAGCUGGCCGGAGAUGACAUGGAGGUCAGCCCCAGUGAGCUGAUGAACAUCCUCAACAAAGUCAUUUCCAAACAUGCAACUCUGAACACUAAAGGUUUUAGCAUCGAGUCCUGUAGGAGCAUGGUUGCUGUCAUGGACAAUGACUGCACAGGGAAACUGGGCUUCCAUGAGUUCAAGUACCUUUGGAACAACAUCAAGAAGUGGCAGGCUGUCUAUUUGAAACAUGAUGCUGGUGGUUCAGGUGUGAUCAAUGCUGCGGGGCUGCCGAAUGCCUUCAGGGAUGCAGGUUUCCCGUUGAAUGAUGAACUCUUAAAGGUGAUAGCCCGCCGCUACUGCAAUGAGGAUGGCAACAUGGACUUUGACAACUUCCUUGGCUGCCUGGUGCGACUGGACGCCAUGUGCAGAUCCUUUAAGACCCUGGACAAGAACAACAGCGGCAACAUUGACCUGAACAUCAAGGAGUGGCUUCAGCUGACGAUGUAUUCGUGAAGCAGAGGAGGGAAGCUGCUGCACAUCAUGAACUACUUCUCUUCUUUUCUGUCAUUGCAUCCAUUUCACUUGUGUGCGCUUACGGAUGUGCAGCCUUGUUUGACGCCCCUCUGUGCCCACGUAAUGGGACCAAAACGCCGAUGCAGAGCUAAAGUCAAGGGAAAAACACAACCUCAGAAUAAAGUAGAGCUGAUGCUGCUGCCACACUGUCCUGCUGCUGCUACAGUGUCCCCAUCUCACAAAUUUCUAUAUUUAUUCUUUAAGGCCAAUUUUAAAAGUUCUUGAUUUUUUUUGUUUUUAUUGGGCAAAAACUGUUGUGGAGUUGAAGAAUAAAGUGACAACUGACAUUUUGUGAGUGUGA